GCGCUGCAGCAGCCCUGACGUCAUCGUCUCCUCCCCUUCACCGCUCGGGGUUCUCUCCUGUGUGUCUGAAACAAGAGAGACUCGGAGGUUUCAUAAAGAUGGCGGCCACUUCAUGCGAUAGCGCUGAGCAAGACUCCCCCUCAUCCAGCAACGAAAACGGGUCGCCACUGUCAGGUGAGACCGAGGACGAGCUGCGGGGCCUGCAGCUGCCAGAACUGAAGCAGAGCGACGAAGAGCAACUGGAAGAGGGGGGAGAGGGAAAGGCUGUGAGAAAAGCUGCUGCCGCAGAAGAAGAGGAUGAAGAGGAGGAGAUAGGUAGCGUGAGCGCCGGUGGCGAGGAGGAGACCUCUGAGCAGCAAAGCCCGGCUAGCAGCAGCGAGACCGGGGACUGUCCUGAGAAAGAGCUCAAACAGGAACAAAGCGGGGAGUUCGAGUCCGGAGACUGCAAUCAGAAGAGCAAAGCUGCAGAGGACACCCUCGACAAGGGCAACACCACGGGCGGCGUAGUCAGCGAGCAUGCUAACAAGAGACGGGCCAGUGUGGAAAUGUCAUCCUCAGACGGGGAGCCCCUAAGCCGCAUGGACUCUGAAGAUAGUAUAAGCAGCACCCUAAUGGACAUGGACAGCACAGCGUCGAGCGGGCGAUCAACGCCGGCAAUGAUGAACGGCCAAGGAAGCACGACACCAUCCACCAAAAGCAUUGCUUACAACUGCUGCUGGGACCAGUGUCAAACUUGCUUCAACUCCAGCCCAGACCUGGCAGAGCACAUCCGCUCAUUUCACGUGGACGGACAGCGGGGAGGGGUUUUUGUCUGUUUAUGGAAAGGCUGCAAAGUAUAUAACACACCGUCUACCAGUCAUAGUUGGCUGCAGAGGCACAUGUUGACGCACAGUGGAGACAAACCAUUUAAGUGCGUGGUUGGCGGAUGUAAUGCCAGUUUUGCGUCUCAGGGCGGACUGGCCCGGCAUGUUCCCACGCACUUCAGCCAGCAGAACUCCUCUAAAGUCUCCAGCCAGUCAAAGGUCAAGGAAGAGUCUCCGUCCAAAGCGUGCCUGAACAAGCGCAAGAGGCUCAAGAACAAGCGGCGGAGAUCAUUGCUGUUGCAGAUGACUGGAGGAGAGGCCAUACACCAGCAAGUGACCAAAGCAAGGCCACAUGACUUCUUUGACGCACAAACGAUGGAUGCCAUACGGCAUAGAGCUAUCUGCUUGAACCUCGCGACGCACAUAGAAAGCCUGGGGAAUGGACACAGUGUUGUAUUUCAUAGCACAGUAAUAGCAAGAAGGAAGGAAGACUCUGGGAAGGUGAAAAUCCUGCUCCACUGGACACCCGAGGACAUCUUGCCAGAUGUGUGGGUAAAUGAAAACGACCGGCCUCAGCUAAAGACCAAGGUUGUACACUUGUCAAAGCUACCACAAGACACUGCUGUGCUUUUAGAUCCUAAUAUUUACAGAACAUUGCCACAGAAGAGGCAGAAGCGGAGGUAAGCCACUGCGCUCUGCAAACGCAACGCUCCCCAACAUUAAUUGAAAUUGAAGUAAAAUGAUUUUGCACAUUUCAAAGUCUACUUUCAAUCCCAGUAUUUUAGAUGUAAUAUUUAUUAUUUACCGGAAGUGUAAGAGAUCUUUUUCUGACUACAUCCAAUAGAUAUGAAACUGAGCCAUCAGGGUGACUCAAGGUUUCUCACUAUGAAAAACAUUUGCUGUUUUUCCUACACCUGGUUUAUACUGUACCAGUGUACAUAGAUUAUAUAUGUAGAAUUAAAUGUCCUUGCAGUGGGGGAAAAAUAAUUUACUUUAAAAAGCAAAUCAUGUGCCACAAAAUAAAAAUCUUAGGAAAUUUGAGAAAUUUUGCAAGCAAAUUGAAAACAUUUCACAACAUUUCUGAUUCCUAGUCAACUUGUAUGUCCCUGCUGAGGUCAGUAAGAAGUGUGUGAGUGAACUGGAGGCACUGAAAAUAAGACAAGUGUCUUUGUGCAUUUGCAGACAGUAUUCAGAACAGGAGGAAGCUGUCUUGUCAUUGUGUGCUUGUCUGGAUCAGGAGAUGAAUGCAAUAAACUGUAGGGGGAGGGUGUAAGACUUACUGUAUCCAGACCCCUAUUCCGCAUAAAAUAUGCAGCACAUUUCUGAGUAUGGUGUCUCUCAUGUAUAUGUAAUUUGCUUGUUUUUUAGUUUUUUUUUUUUUUUUUUUUGAUGAGGGGGGGGUGUAAGUUUACCAUG